ACGAUACCCUGACCUUCAUCUCAAAAACCAUUUCCGAGGCUCGUGACUCAGGAGCCACUCGUGACGUACCCUUUCGCCCUCCUGUCCCGUCAUCCCCGAGGUUAAAAAGAUGAGUGCAAUAUCGACGCUGUGCCGCGGAGACACGCAGUCAUCAGUGAACCGUCGGCCGAGAUCACCAUCGCUGCUCACCGCUCAAUCACCGGAGAUUGAAAUUUCCAUUACGGAGGAGGAAGCACUGUCCCUCAAGCGCCCAGCGAAUUUCACUGUCUCUGGGGAGUCUGAGGUGCCCAGAAAGUCACUUCGUCUCUCUCUGGAACCUAUUGACGGACAGAAAAUCAUGCCGUCGUUGACGAGAUCGUGCGUUACACUGCCCAGAAUUAAACGACUCAAUUUUCAAUCGUGCAAAGUAUCAUCGCCGUCUGGCCUCUCUAUAACUGGUAUUGACGUCACUCCAAUGUCGACCCUGGUGUGCUGUGAGCCGGUGUCGGCGGGACGUCCCCGGGACAACCUAAAGCUCGCACUCAAUCGUAGUCUGAGUGAGCCCGGACCGCCGUGCGAUCGUUUUAUCCCAACAACACCCACCUCACCAACAUUAUCAACAAUAUCCUCCGAGUGUAGUACCCAGGAUGGUUGUUCCACAAGUGCCAGUGGUGGUAGCACAAACAGCAUUGACAUAGGUGACAACGAUCACCUGCUCCAUCAUUAUCACUUUCAUUAUCACCAUUAUCAUCGCCAGAGCAGCCUCUACCCGGGUUCAUCGUCACUUACGGCACCCAAACGCUGCAAACUGGAGACCGUAAGUCUGCCGACGAGUCCCUGCAACGAGGGAACAACACUCCAACGACAAUUGAUCAUCAAUCAGUCGAGAACUAUCGAUCCCGAUGAGCUUGCGCGACGUCUGCAGGUCCAGCCCGACAGCAUCGUUCUUCUCGACUGUCGGCCCUUCAUUGUUUACAAUGUGAAUCAUGUGAGGGGGGCAAUUAAUGUUAAUUGCUCGGACAGAUUCAACAGGAGACGGUUGCAAAUGGGAAAAGCCACACUCGCCGAUCUGGCAACAGCACGGGAGGGCAAGGAUAUUUUGAGAAAACGACAUUACAAAGAGGUUGUGCUUUAUGACGAUUGCACUGCGGAUUUGGAACAUCUACCUGUGCAGCAUCCACUUUUUUUGGUUAUCACCGCACUCGUGGAGGACCACCGGGAGCCGACGCUUCUUAUCGGAGGCCACAAGGAAUUCCACAGAAGACACCGCGAUCUCUGCGAGGAUACGCUCCUGCCAGGGGGGAGUAGUUCCCCCCCGGCAUCGGUGAGUGGCUGCACGAGUCCGGGUCCAGGAUGUCCCGUAAUGAGCAUUGGCCAGCCCACGACACCCCAGCCCGCAGACAUCGACAACCAUCCAGCCUCACGAGUCCUGCCAUUUCUGUACCUGGGUAAUGGGAGGGAUGCUGCAGACCUGCAGCUACUGCGGGCACUGGGAGCCACGAGGGUCCUUAAUGUCACUUCCCAACUGCCUGGCUACCACGAAGCACGGGGGAUAACGUACAGACAGAUACCCGCGACAGAUUCAGGACACCAGAAUCUCAAGCAGUACUUCGAGGAGGCUUUUGAUUUCAUUGAGGAAGCGAGGAAAGCCGGCAGUAGCGUCCUAGUCCACUGCCAGGCCGGUGUGUCCCGUAGUGCAACCAUAGCGAUUGCCUACAUAAUGCGACACAAAGGUCUCUCCAUGGUAGACGCCUACAAAUUAGUCAAGAACGCCCGCCCCAUCAUCAGUCCGAACCUCAACUUCAUGGGACAGCUUCUGGAGCUAGAGCAGGGCCUCAAAGCCUCCAGCACGGACUCUGCCGACCCGGAGGAGCCCAAAACCUUCCACCCCUGCAGAUGGAGCCAUCCCCAGGCCAACGACAAGGUCACCUCGGGCUGCAGUGUCUGAGGAAAGCCCCUCUCCAGCAAUCGCUGGUCGAACUACAUAUCCUUAAACGUGUCUUUUAAUUCUUCUCGUUAAUUCCCCAAAAACCCGUCACUGAUUUUCCAAUGAAGGAUUCAAAUCACCUCAAGCUAAUGUGCCUUCGAGCUAAGGCUGAUCUACCCACGAAACAAUAACAAUAAAAGAAGAACACAUUCACGAAUGAAAUAAACGAAAAUCAGAAAUUCAGGGAAUGAAAUAAUAACGAAAAAAGUGAGAUGAAAACACGUUUGUCUAGGUGUUUUCAAACUAAUUAUUUAAACCUCGACGAAUUAAAGACUAUUGAAGCUGAUGUAACGGAUAAUGGAUGAAUAUCGAACUGUUGACGAGUGUUGUACUUAUACUGGGUAUCAAGUAGAUGAGAGAGAGAGAGAGUGAGGAACCGCAAGAAUGUACCUAAAAGAGAAAUUAAAUGGAUGAGAGAUCAUCCUGUGGAGUUGAAUAAUUAAUGUAGUUUUCGAAGGAUUAAUAUAUCGUUAAUGGUUUAGUUUUAGUCUACAAGCUCUUCCCCUCCCCGGAUUCAGAGGCCUUGGGAGUGAAAAAGAACUGCUGAAGUACGGAAGAAACUUUGGGCCAUGAAUUCUCGGCCGAAAGGGGAUGAAAAAAUCUGAACGAUGACUUUGAAAAAUUGUUCACUCUGUAGAAACUGGAUGGAGUGAUCUGAGGGUUAUCUGAAGAGAAUAAAUAAUUUUAAUAAACGUUUGAAAACGCGAGGUGGAGGGGCCGCCAUUUUUGGAGCGCAAUCAAGAUGGCGGCGCUCAGACGUGUGAACCAUCUCGCAUUUUCGAACAUUUCUCAGAAUUAUUUAUGCUCUUCAGAUCGACUGGGGUUCGUUACAUGGAGUUUCUGGAAAAUGAACAAAUUUUUCAAACUAUUUUUCAAAUUUUUUUCGUCAUCAAGUUUUUCCCCAAAUUCCAGCAUUUUUUUUACUCUCGAGGCCUCUCAAUUACCUUCUUGUUUUAUUAGCAUUUAAGGGUCCACGUGGAUUCACUAAAAACCAUCGUGAUCUAGUCGUUUGUUGGGAUGAAUGGGAGAAUUAACACCUGGAUUAACCGAGGGGAAUGAUUAUUGGUGUUUAUGAAGACGAAACUAGCGGAAGAUUCGAUUCAGUCCAAUUCAGGUGUGUAAGAAUAUUUUCAAGUUCUUGGCGCUUGAAAGAAGUUUUCUCACAUUGCUUGACCCUUAGACCCUCAAGAAUUCCCUAAAAUGAACUUUUCGAUGUCAAAUAUUCCGCUAGUUGCAGCUUCAUUCAGUGUUUUAAUGCCUCGAGUGGGAUUUUAAAAUCGAGCGUGAGAGAUGAUUGAUUUUAGUGCGUCGUAAAUGUCAAUUUUCUUUAUAAAUAAAAGGUCAUGUUUAUUUAAAUCGCAGUAUUCAGUUGAGUUUAAUGGGAGAAUAUGUACAUUUAUACCAAAAAUAUAUGGAUCUAGCGAUGUUACUCGAGGCUAUUGGGAAUUUCUUAGUUUAAUGGUAUAUUUUGAACACACGAGACUUAUUCUAGGUGUAUUGUUUUUCAGUGGAGAGAGUUAUCGUAGAUAAUGAUUAUUGGUAGAAUAGGGGUGAAGGUGAGGAUGGCCUAUGUUGAAGUAGAGUCGAAUUACCCUCGACUGAGUGACAAUAAGUGAUAGAUUGGCGAGGAAUGUGGGACAAUUGUAUUGUUGAUGUUCCUCUUUUGGGUCUUGUAAUGAGUACAUAUCAGACUGGACGUCGCCUUUCACUCGUGAUUUAUUGGAGAGGAGUUUUCAUUGAUGUUCUACUGUACCACUCGCUAUUUUCAACUGCUUUUUUUAAAAUGCUGAUUGUCUAUGGUUGUAUGAUGAGAAUGGAAAUUUUUGUGUAAAUAAAGGAAGGAUUUGUGGUACUGAG